AUGGUGAGAAUAAUCCCAGUGCACAAUUUCUUGUCGCAAAAUGUCGGUCAAAUAGAGGAACCGACUGCUUCAUGUACUGCAAACCUGAUGGACCAAGACUUGCUCCUGCUGGCGCUGUCAAGCCACUGCGUCAAAGUCUACGGCCUGGCAAGUAAUCAAUACAAGUUACUCACUAUUUUUCCCACCGUAGACCUGGUCCAGGAGCUGGUGCACUCUGACAAGGGCAACUACGUAGCGACUCUUGAAUCCAAAAGCUCCAGAGACGGGGCUGCUGUCAACAACUUCGUGCGUGUUUACAUAAAUUGGGAGAUGACAGGUAACCAGAACCAAGCUAUGCGCGCAAGGAUUGCCGGGCGAGUUACUCCGAGUCUCAACAGGACGUUGAACAGCCUGGAGAUGAUCGAGCUGCCGCUGAACGGACAGCCAACUAAAAUAGCCUGCUGUCAGACAACGGGGAACCUCUUGGUGGUGAUGGAGGACGAGGCUGUCAUUCACGAGCUCAAAGUUGAAACCCAGCAGACUUCAAAGCACAAAUUUUUGGAUUUUGAAGUAAGACCUUGGUCAAUUAGAUUCACUUUUAGCCCAACACACGUUGAGUUCGCAGAGGAAUUUAUUUCUGUUAUGAACUCCUGGUAUUUUAUCCUGAUACGUCUGACCAACAGAUUCCACGACGACAAUUUUAUCUCCAGCGACCGGGUUGACAAAACAAACAUAAACAACUCCAAAAGAAGACGUUCUCAUCCUUUGAAAGAAGUAAGUGUUAUUAAUAACAAUAACAAUUGCAGCGAAGAAUCAAAAUUAAAAACUCGAGUUGACUUCAACAAGUCAAUUAUUAACGAACGCGAGUACAUCGACUGGGACCAGCUGGUGCUGAACGAACCUCAGGAAACUCAACGAAUAAAAGCCCUGGGAAUAGUCAAAGAAGAUAACAAUUUAAACGUCUGCUUUCCUUCGGUCAAGUCUGAUCUCUCUCAAAGCCACUAUAUUUUAGAUCCUCCGGUAAUUCAGGCGACGGAGAUCAGCGCUGUAGUGACAACGAGAUCUUACGAAGACAGUUGGUCUGAGAACUACAUUAUCGAGCAUUUGCUGAGGCUGAAGAUAACCGAAGCUCCAGUUCAAGAUGGUAAUGAAUAUUUCACGUGUUCGAUACUCAAACCUUUGUACAAACGCCAGAAGACAUCGAUAAGUAAUUUUAAAAAGUCUUUGUUAAGAUCUACCAAGUACAAUAUCUUCAACGGGGUAACCUGUCUAAUUUGCACGACCCAGGAAGGCUAUCUUUACAAUUUUCUACCUAAUUCUAGUGAAGAAAUUUUUUUUGACGCUAAUUGUCAGAUUUAUCCCUUUACAGCCCCGGUUAUUCACGUAGCACUGGAAAAUACUGCGCUGCAUGCAUUAACUGAAGCCGGACUUGAGUCUUACACUCUGAGAAUCCAACAUCUGAGAAGCGAAGAACCUCCCAAUGACACUCCAGUUUCUUUGAUUGGACUCAGACCUUUUUUGGGAGUAAAGAAACUUCUUCACGCUUCAAGAUGCCUCGUUUUGUUGGCAAGCGACGAGGAUACCUGGACAUUUUAUUCUUUAAAUUUACCGACCGCUGAAGAUAUUUAUCAGGAUAUAUUAACUGCGGCGAACAACCAUAAAACUAGUCCCAGUACUUACAAACAUUUAUUGGCAGAAGCUAAUACUGUAUUAAAAAUUUCCAAGGAGAUGAUCUACUAUACGUCAGACGCAGCGUUCUUCAGUAGCAUCAAUGACAUGUCAAAGAGCCACCUGGACAAUUUAUACCGACAGUCUUGCGCGCUGUUGGCUGAUUUUUACAUGACAUCAGAGUCGCCGAUGGACUGGGGAUUGAGUUCUUGGUUCUACGAAGUCGCGGGAUUGAAAGCUCACGAUGUUAUGGCGAGGAGAGACGUCCAAAGAGCACCUGGCAUGGUCACCUUUGUUUCAGAGAGCUUGUUGAACCUGCAACCGGGUGCUGAGGCUGACACUCUGUUCCAGGAACACAAUAUCGUCGAAAUUUUGAUAAAAGCUGAGAAAAGUGACCUAUUGAAAUUGAUUUUAGCGAGUCCAGUUUUAAGAGAGUACGCGACAGACAAGCUGAUCAAUGUGAUAUCCAACUGGGAAGCAGAUGACAUGACUUGGUUAGCCCUGGUGUUGCUUUACACCCAAGCAGGUCGGAUCCAUCAGGCAGAGCGUGCUCUAGAACCAAUUAGUGAUAAGUUUAUCGCGGAAAAAAUUCUUUCAAACUGGUCCUGGCUCUUUGAUGUCAUCAGCGCGAAAAAGAGCAACGCAAUGCCGAUUUUUUCAGAGUUUGCUGGCACGCUGAUGAGAUUGAAGCUCAGAGUGUUCGCACAAGUGCUGAGUAAAAUUGUAGAAUGUAAAGCUGUCACUCUGGACGAGAUGAUUCAGAUCUUCUUGGGAUAUUUGCCGUCGAGGGUAGGCAGAGACGGAAGGAUUGCCGGGAACGCAUUGCAACUUUGUCUUGAAACUUAUCUUCAGAGUUAUCACGAGAAUUUUCAAUGUAAAAAAGUCGACUUGGCGAUUGUAGAAGCGUUCAAGAUACUGGUGAGGUCUUAUUUGGCGGAAUUAGCACAAAAUGGAGCUAAAGUUUGUACCAAUGACACUCAAGUGCUGUUUGGAAGCUUCAGGCCACGGUUUCUGGACAAUCCGCUGAUUUAUGAAAAAGGAAAGACCAACCGCAAGGAAAGAACCGCGAGGGUUCUACGUGAGGAGUUUAAUGAAAGUUUUAAGGAAAGUAUUAGACUAGAAGUUGUUAAGCUCCAGGCACUGUUGGCCAGUGGAAGCCUUCCUGAAGAGUGUUAUCAAGAGGUUCAACAUUUUCUGGAGACUCAGAAAAUUGAGGGAAGCUUGUCCUUCAAAAUUCUAUGCGUUAGAGACACUGAAAAGGGAAUUCAAUUACUUGCUGAUGAGUGUCCUCAAGCACUGCUGGAUUAUGCCAAAGUAGGAUUUUUUAUUGAGGAUAAAUAUACUGAAGAGUCUGAUUGGAAGCACUUUAUACAAUUUUUAUUGAAAAAAAUGAUGGAUAAUCAAAAUAAUAAAAAUAUUUACUGUAUUUAUGAUGAUUUAAUAAGAGACACGGCAAUUUAUAUCGCACAAACAAUGUCAAUGAGUGGAUUGAAGCGUAUAUUACCUAACGAUAGUCUAAAUAUAUUACAACAGUAUAUUGAUACAAGUAACCAGGUGGUACACGCAGAUUAUAUUAAAACAAUGAUUAUGGGUACUGGACAGCACCUCCUAUGCAAUAUUAAUUUUUAA